AUGGCCAAGAUACUUCAGACAUGCAAAUUGAUUAUCUGGGAUAAAUGUACAAUUACCCACAAGAGGUCACUGAAAGCACUGGACAGAACAUUGAAAGAUUUACGUGACAAUCAAAAUAUUUUUGGUGGAGCAAUGAUUUUGUUGUCAGGUGAUUUUCGCCAAACUCUUCCAGUUAUACCACAAUCAAGUGUUGCUGAGGAACUAAACGCAAGCUUAAAAUCAUCAAAUCUGUGGCGUCAUGUUAAGAAACUCCAGUUAACAACAAACAUGCGAGUGGUUUUGCAACAAGAUGAAACAGCAAAAGUUUUGCAGCUGCACAAACACAAAAGAGGAGCUUGCGUAUUUCCAGAUAUAAACCAACAAUUUCACGAUCUCAAUUGGCUGAGCGAACGAGCAAUAUUGGCGGCGAAAAACAAAGAUGCCGAUGAUCUUAAUGCAACAAUACAAAGUUUACUUCCAGGAGAAUGCUUUACUUAUAAAUCUGUAGACACCGCUACAAAUCAGGAUGACAUACUCAACUAUCCUACAGAAUUUCUAAAUUCAUUAAAAUUGCCUGGGCUGCCACCACAUAAUUUACAAUUGAAAAAAACACGGUUUGCGCAUAUUGGCGGACAUUGUCCAAGAGUGGCAACUGUUUCAUUAUGCAAGAUUAUAUUUAUUGAUGUGGUUGCCAAAGAGUACAGCUGGGCUGGGAGCAAAGGAAAGAAGAUUUUUUCAGUACUGCUGUUUGUUAAAUUGAUAAAAGAGAUUGUAGUUGAAAUGGUUUUUAAGGAAAUUAAAGUGUCGGAGGCUCAGGUAGGAGAUUACAAUAGAGGAUUGCUUCGUCACGCACAGGACCGGUACACCAGGAACGAAGAGAAGACCAGAAGAAAGGAUUAG